UCUGGAAAACACAUUCGGGUGACACGGUAUUAAUUAGUUUGUUUUCUUCUUUCAUCCUCUCCAAAACAGAUGUCCUUGAGUCUCUUCAUAAACGUACAGUGUAUCAAAUCUCUCGUAUUCUCAGUGAACCGCGGAACAAAGGGCAUUUUGGAUACCGCGCAUCACUCUUUGUAAAAAGUAACGAGUGUAAGUCGCACCAUGGGCUCCUUUCAAAGACGCUUUAGACUAUUCAGGGAAUCGAGCGAAGAGGACACAGAAAGCCGCGGCUUGAACGCUAUAAGCUCCACAAUGUCUGUCUCUGAUAACGAUUCAGAUGUCAGCGAAGACGGAAUUUCGAUGAAGAUCGACUCGAAAGGGAGCAAAGAUUGCAACACAUUUGCAACACCUGCGGAAUUUGUCAAGCGUUGUGGUGGCUCAAGAGUUAUAGAAAAGGUCCUGAUAGCCAAUAACGGUAUUGCAGCUGUGAAAUGUAUGAGGUCUUGUAGACGCUGGGCUUAUGAACUGUUUGGUAAUGAGAAAGCUAUACGUUUUGUUGCAAUGGUCACCCCAGAAGAUCUACGGGCUAAUGCAGAGUACAUCAAGAUGGCUGAUCAGUAUGUACCAGUACCUGGUGGAACAAACAAUCACAACUAUGCUAAUGUUGAAUUGAUUCUGGAUAUUGCAAAGAGAAUUCCUGUGCAGGCAGUUUGGGCUGGAUGGGGUCAUGCCUCUGAAAAUCCAAAACUACCCGACCUUCUUUCAAAGCAUGGAAUCACUUUUAUUGGCCCUCCAGCUUCAGCCAUGUGGGCUCUUGGUGACAAAAUUGCAUCAACCAUAGUUGCUCAGACAGUUGGUGUACCUACUCUACCUUGGAGCGGAACAGGUCUUAAACUUGACAAGUCAUCUAAAGACUUUGUUGAUGGAAAAGUUGUGGGAGUCUCACAUGACUUGUACAUGAAAGGCUGUGUGCAGGAUGUCAGUCAGGGAAUCAAAUAUGCUAGAGAUAUUGGUUACCCUGUGAUGAUCAAAGCCUCAGAAGGUGGGGGUGGUAAAGGAAUCCGCAAAGCCUCAAGUGACGAUGAGUUUACAAACUUCUUUAGACAGGUUCAAACUGAAGUACCUGGUUCUCCUGUGUUUGUUAUGAAGCUUGCAAAAAAUGCCAGGCACUUAGAGGUCCAGCUAUUGGCUGAUGAGCAUGGCAAUGCAAUGUCCAUUUUUGGACGAGAUUGUUCAGUGCAACGAAGACAUCAAAAGAUAAUAGAAGAAGCGCCUGCAGCUAUUGCUAAACCUGAUGUUUUCAGAAAGAUGGAAGAGGAUGCUGUUAAGCUUGGUCGUCUUGUGGGUUAUGUCAGUGCUGGAACAGUCGAAUAUCUCUACCAUCCUGAGGAUCACACUUUUCAUUUUCUGGAACUGAACCCUCGGUUACAGGUUGAACAUCCCUGCACUGAAAUGGUUUCUGACAUAAACCUUCCCGCAGCCCAGCUUCAGGUGGCUAUGGGGAUUCCUCUGUAUAACAUUAAGGAUGUCAGGACAAUGUACGGUUUGGAUCCCUUUGGAAAGGAGCCUAUAGACUUUGACAAGCCGCAGAACCCUCCUAAACCAAGGGGACAUGUUAUUGCAACUCGAAUUACCUCUGAGAAUCCAGAUGAGGGAUUUAAACCAAGUAGUGGUACAGUAACAGAGUUGACAUUUCGCAGUAUGAAAAAUGUUUGGGGGUACUUCAGUGUAGGAGCUGAUGGUGGCCUGCAUGAAUUUGCAGACUCUCAGUUUGGGCAUUGCUUUGCUUGGGGAGAGGACAGAGAUGCAGCAAGGAGAAAUAUGGUGUUGGCCUUAAAGGAAAUCUCUAUUCGUGGUGAUUUCCGUACCACUGUUGAAUACCUGAUCCAGUUGCUGGAACAUGAAUAUUUUUCAACAAACAUAAUAGACACUGGCUGGUUGGACUAUUUAAUUGCCAAGCAGGUUCAGACCGAACGUCCUGAUGUAAUCCUGAGUGUUAUCUGUGGAGCCGUUCAGGUGGCAGAAGCAGGUAUAAGCAAGAGAUAUGUGAACUUCAAGUCUGCUUUGGAAAGGGGACAGAUUCUUACAACUGAUUCUUUGGUAAACACCGAAGAUGUUGAACUGAUUAAUGACGGAAUUAAGUACUGCCUAAAAGUAUGGAAAUCUGGUGCAAACACAUUUUUCUUGGUCAUGAACAACUCCUGGACAGAAGUGGAAGCUCACAGGAUGAGUGAUGGUGGAUUACUUUUGUCCUGGAAUGACAGUAGUCACACCACUUACAUGAAGGAAGAAGUUGACAGCUAUCGAUUGACAAUAAGUGGAAAAACUUGCAUCUUCCAGAAAGAGAACGAUCCAACAGUUCUGAGGUCCCCUUCCGCUGGAAAGCUUAUUCAGUUUGUUGUUGAAGACGGAGGUCAUGUGUUUCAGGGAGAGUCUUUUGCUGAGAUUGAAGUUAUGAAGAUGGUUAUGCCUCUUACCGUCAGUGAGAGUGGUUGUGUGCACUAUAUGAAGAAUGCUGGAGCUGUGCUGGAGCCUGGUUCUAUCGUGGCCAAGUUGGAACUGGAUGAUCCAAGUAAAGUUACACAGGCGCAGCCCUAUACUGGUCAGUUUCCUGAAACUUGUGGAGCCAAACUUAAAGGAAGUAAAUUGCACCAGAUUUUCCACACGGCUCGUGAGAACCUUCAGAACGUCAUGGAUGGUUACUGUGUUGGUGAACCAUAUUUUUCUCAAAGGUUACAAGAAAAUGUUAACACGCUCAUGCAAGCCUUGAAAGAUCCUGCAUUACCUCUAUUAGAAUUACAAGAUAUGAUCUCAUCCAUUUCGGGCCGUAUUCCAGGAACUGUUGAAGAGGCCAUAAGAAAGCAUCUUACAAGCUAUGCCAGUAAUAUCACAUCCGUGUUGAGUCAGUUUCCAAGUCAGCAGAUUGCCAAUGUUGUUGAUGCUCAUGCAGCAACUUUGACUAAAAGAACUGAGCGGGAUGCUUUCUUUUUGAACACGCAGAAUAUUGUGCAACUUGUCCAGAGGUAUCGCAAUGGCAUUCGUGGACAUAUGAAGGCAGUGGUUUUGAGUCUGUUAAGGCAGUAUUUGCAGCAUGAAGUAGUUUUUAAUGAAGGAAACUUUGAAAAGUGUGUCACACUGUUACGUGACAAACACAAGUCGCAAGAUCUCUCUCCGGUUGUGCAAAGUAUUUUCUCUCAUGCUUCUGUAGCCAAGAAAAACCUGCUGACGAUAAUGCUAAUAGAUCAGUUGUGCGGACGGCAAACUGGUUUGUCAGAUGAACUGAACCAUCUGCUUCAAGAACUUACCACCCUCAACAGACAUGAUAAUGCCAAGGUGGCACUUAGAGCAAGACAGGCCUUGCUAGCUUCACAGCAACCAUCCUAUGAACUUCGUCACAAUCAGAUUGAAUCACUGUUUCUUUCCGGCAUUGACAUGUACGGUAACCAGAUGUCUUCCGACAGUUUUCAGAAAUUGAUUCUGUCAGAGAACGCUAUCUUUGACAUUCUUCCAAGCUUCUUCUACCAUUCCAGUGAAGCCGUGAAAAGGGCAGCUUUGGAGGUUUACAUCAGACGUAGUUACCAAGCCUAUGAACUCACCACAUUGUACCACGAGAAGAUCGACGAAAAUGUCUUAAUUGUGGAGUUCCAGUUUAUUCUUCCAAGUGCACAUCCAAACAGGAUGCCACAAAGAGUUCCUUCUAGUAGAACUGUUCUCGCCAUGCCAAGGGUUCGCAGUCUUAGUGAAGAUAUGUAUGACCUCAUCAAUCAGCAGCCUUUACAGCCAUGCCAAAGAACCGGUGUAAUGGCAGCGUUUCAGUCAAUGGGUGAAUUCGAAAAGAAUUUUGAGGAAAUCAUGAAUCGUUUUGAGCCUACAACCCCAGAGCAGUUGUCCCCAUCACCAAUGGGAAGGAAGAUGAGCUUGGAUCCUGUGUUUGAAGCUGAAAAUAAGCCAGCGCCUGGUGCUGGAAAGGAAGAAGAACCAAUUCACAUUAUAAACGUCGCUUUGCGAGUUGAAAAGAAUUGCAAAGAUGUGGAAAUCUGUCGAAAGCUGGUGUAUGAGUUUACACAAUCCAAGAAAGAGAUUUUGAAGGACAAGGGAAUCAGGAGAAUCACUUACCUAUUAAGUGAUUGUAAGCAGGGCAUGAUGCCAUGGUUCUUCACCUUCCGAGCUCGGGACGAUUUCGAAGAAGAUUCCAUUUAUCGUCACUUGGAGCCAGCUCUGGCAUUCCAGUUGGAGGUUAAUCGUUUACGAAACUUUGACUUGGAGACGAUUCCAACUACAAACCACAACAUUCAUUUGUACCUCGGAUCAGCUAAGAAGAUUUCAGCUCACUCAGAAGUCACAGACCACAGGUUCUUCAUCAGAAGCAUUGUGAGACAUUCGGAUUUCAUUACCCGGGAGGCGUCAUUUGAAUAUAUGGAAAAGGAGAGCGAGAUCCAACUCCUCGAGUCUUUAGAUCAACUGGAAGUUUGUGUUUCAGAGACUCCCAAGAGAACAGACUGCAAUCACAUUUUCCUGCACUUCGUGCCUUGUGUCAUUAUUGAGCCAAACAGGAUUGAAGAAAGUAUACGUCACAUAGUCACGCGAUAUGGCAGACGGCUGUGGAAGCUGCGUGUGCUUCAAGCUGAAAUGAAAGUCACUAUCAGGCUCACUCCCACUGGAAAAAAGAUUCCUCUGAGGGUGUUUAUGUCCAACGAGUCCGGAUAUUAUUUGGGCUUCCAUAUCUACCGAGAGAUAACGGACCCAAGGACAGGACAGAUUGUGUUUGAGUCCUAUGAUCAGAAACAAGGUCCUCACCACGGACUCCCUGUAAGCACCCCUUACGUCACGAAGGACCACUUACAGCUGAAGCGCUUUUCGGCACAGACUCUUGGAACAACCUACGUGUAUGAUUUUCCGGAGCUUUUUCAGCAAGCUAUCGCAAGGCAAUGGAAACAAUGGUGUUCUAAACACAAGGAGGAAAAAUGCCCCACCAAUGUUAUGAAAGUUACGGAGUAUGUUUUGGAUGAAAACGAUCAACUUAUGCCAAUGAACAGAUUGCAUGGAGAGAACACUAUUGGAAUGAUAGCAUGGAGACUGCAAUGUAUAACACCAGAAUGUCCAGAAGGACGUGAGAUAAUUGUUGUUGCCAAUGACAUCACAGUGAUGAUCGGCUCAUUUGCUCCCCCAGAGGACAUGCUUUUCAAGAGAGCUUCUGAAAUGGCAAGGGCUCAGGGCCUACCAUUUGUGUAUAUCUCUGCUAACAGUGGUGCUCGCAUUGGAUUAGCCGAGGAAGUAAAGCACCACUUUAAAGUGGCCUGGAAUGAUCCUUUUGCACCCGAGAAGGGCUUCAAAUAUAUUUAUGUCACUCCCAGUGACUUCAAAAAGCUGAGUGCCACAAACUCCAUGCAUGCUGAACUGAUUGAAGAUGACGGCGAGUCCCGAUACAAAGUCACUGACAUCAUAGGGCGUGAUGAUGGUAUCGGAGUGGAAAAUCUAAAAGGGUCUGGCAUGAUCGCCGGAGAGAUGUCCGCUGCUUACGAUGAUAUCGUGACCAUGAGUCUUGUUACGUGCCGUGCUGUUGGUAUUGGUUCUUAUCUCGUUCGUCUUGGUCAGAGGGUUAUUCAAGUAGAGAAUGCGCAUGUUAUACUCACGGGAUCUGGAGCAUUGAACAAGGUCCUUGGUCGCCAGGUUUAUACGUCAAACCUUCAGCUGGGAGGACCUCAGAUUAUGCACAAUAAUGGCGUGACUCACAUGGUAGUUGCCGACGAUUUUGGAGGAAUUUCCGCUAUCGUGCAGUGGCUUUCGUAUGUUCCUAAGUGCAAAAAUGGUCCUCUGCCGAUCCUAAAGACGAGUGAUCCUGUUGAGAGAGAAAUUGAGUUUGUCCCACCCAAGACACCAUAUGAUCCUCGGCACUUGAUCUGUGGAGCACCACAUCCCGAAAAUGAGGAUGUCUGGCUUAGUGGCUUCUUUGAUAAUGGUUCCUUUGUGGAAACUUUAGACGGUUGGGCAAAGACUGUCGUGUGUGGAAGAGCAAGGCUGGGUGGUAUCCCAAUGGGAGUGAUAACUGUCGAAACCAGAGCAGUUGAAGUUGUUAUUCCUGCAGAUCCUGGCAAUCCUGAUUCCGACACCAAGAUUCACGCCCAAGCAGGGCAAGUGUGGUACCCAGAUUCUGCCUACAAAACUGCGCAAGCCAUCCGUGACUUCAACAAAGAGCAACUCCCUUUGAUGAUUUUUGCCAACUGGAGAGGAUUUUCGGGAGGAAUGAAGGACAUGUACGAACAAGUGUUGAAGUAUGGCGCCUAUAUUGUCGACGCACUGCGAGAAUAUGAACAGCCAGUGUUUAUUUACCUCCCUCCAAAUGGAGAACUUCGGGGAGGAGCAUGGGUCGUAGUGGAUCCAACAAUCAACCCUGAUAUGAUGGAGAUGUACGCUGACCAAGAAAGCAGAGGUGGAGUACUUGAACCUGCCGGUACAGUGGAAAUCAAGUUCCGACGUAAGGAUCUUGUAAAAGCCAUGCACAGAUUGGAUGCCAAAUGUCAAGAGAUCGCGCAGGCUCUCGCAUCAGCAGACUUACCAGUCAAAGAACGUAAAACACUGGAGAGGCAGCAGAAGGAACGAGAGGAACUGUUACUACCCAUUUAUCAACAGAUUUCAGUUGAGUUUGCUGAUCUUCAUGAUACUCCAGGGCGUAUGCAAGAAAAGGGAGUCAUAUCCGAAGUUCUCAAGUGGAAGGAGUCCCGCCAGUUCUUUUACUGGCGCCUAAGGCGAAUUUUGAUGACCAGAGACGCUAAAAGGAAGAUCAGGAAGGCUAAUCCCGAUAUUUCAAGCCCUCAGCUCUGCUCCAUGUUGGAAAGAUUGUUUCUAGAGGCACACGGGAACACCAAGUCUUACUUGUGGAAUGACAACAAAUCAGUUGUGGAGUGGCUGGAGAAGGAAGCGAGUCUAAAUGAACACUCUGUCAUUGACGAAAAUGUGAAGUGGAUAAGCAGGGAUUGGAUCCUAAGACAGAUUAAGACACUUGUGCAAGAAAAUCCUGAAGUUGCAAUGGACUCUAUUGUACACAUUACCCAGCAAAUGACUGCUGCCAAACGUGCGCAGGUUUCCAAGAUUUUGGCUGCCAUGGACUCUGGUAGUACUGUGGAUAAUUCAAAUGGCGAGUCUGCCAGCUAAAACGCAAAUUUUGAUUUGACUCCAACUUGCUAUGACUGUAGCAUGUAAAUAGUCGAUUGUUCAGGGGAAAUAUUUUUUUAAGAGACAGAACUCCGUCAACUCUUUCUCUUACUUAUCGCGAACAAAUUUUCAAACUUUGAUGAGUUUCCCCCAUGUGAAAGUCAUUUUACCAAAGUUACUUUGAUUUCCAGGCACUUUGAUUCGUACUUAGAUACUAGUACCAGGAACGUAGAAAGAUAAUACAAUUCAUUCACCUGGAUAACAAAAAGUAUUUCUGCAGAAAGUCGAACAGUAAAUGCAAGUAUUAUGAUUGUGUGGUUUUUGCUUCUAAAGAGUACUCCCACACGCGAUUACCCUCAAACCUCUCUGUGGAAUUUGAGUUGACGGAGUUCUGCAGUUUGCGUUAUAACGUCCAUUUUGGUAACAUAUCGCAUGCUUUGUCGCUAAAAAAAAAAAGAUAUCUUGCCUCGAAAAGGUAUAAAUAAGAACAAAAAAUUGAAUGUUUUCUUCAAGUGAACGAAGAGAGAGGUUGCUAUUAGAGGGAACGAGUACUAGUAUAUUUAAAAAAACAAAUUUGUGUUAAGGCAAAUAUUUAAUAUUCGCAGUGGAGUAGUUUUUCUCCAGUAGGUUGCUAUUAAAUCUCGUGCCUCUUAAAGUUUCUUCAAACUUAUCAAUGUAACUGACACAAAGAUCUUGAUGUUGACAAAGAUGGGAUAUUUCUAAUGAGGCUGGGAGUCAGGCUUAUCGGAAUGCCACCGUAUUAAAAAACUGAAGUGGCUGAUAACUCGAUACCAGGAGGCUGAUAGGAAUAAUGUGCCUUCCCUGUGUUACCAUAUGGUCUAAAAUGAUGAUUAUAGUUGAAAGUGAUAAAAUUUCCAUAAGAAAGUUGUUUAAUUGAGGGAUGACAAACUCGAUAGGUUUAUAUUUAUAAUGACGUGAUUCUUUUUUUUCCCAAGCUGUGUGGUUCAGAUUGUAUUCUAUGAUUUUGAAACGAUAUUUUCUUUUACGUUGAAUUAAAUUUAAAGGUAGUUCUCUUUUGUCAAUUCACUUAAUUCAGCUUAGUGCGCCAUUCAAUCUCAAAGAAUGAAAGUUAAGAAAAUCAAUCAAUAAAUAAAAAUGUGAAUUAAAUUUUCCUGAUUAUGUUUUUUCAUUUUCAAGGUUUUCUACAAGUAGAUUUUGAAGAAUUUCACUCAAGCAGUGAUUUUACAAAAAAAAUUGUCAUUAAAUCGCCAUGAUCAUAAUUUUUUAUUCCUUAAUACCAUCAAUCAGUUUGCUUUGUUGACCCAUUCGUUGAGUAAAUAUUAGAUGUACUGAAAAUGAACGCAAGGUUUAAAUAAAUUCAAACUUUUAUUAUAAAGUCUGUGGUACUUUGUAGUUUAGAUUUCUCCGUCUUGGUCAUUCGAAUAAAGGUCAAACAUGCCUGAUAUAAAAAGAAAGCAACAUACGUUACUAGACUUUCCACAACCCAAAGGCGCAGGAAUUGGGCUAUUUAUUGCAUGUAUAAGUUUGACCUUGUAAAGAAUGGAACUUGGUAUCCGAGUAUAAUGAGUCGAAAUGACAUGUUAACAAAGCUUUGGUAUACCUAGGUACUGAUUGAAACUCUCUCUCUGCUCUGCCACUGAAAACAUUCCCUGACAAUCUCUUCCUCUUUUGGGGAAAGUAAAUUGUCAAGCUUUAGAAGCAAUGAUAGAAUAACAUCUCGGGGACCUCACAGGAUCAAAAAGCCGCACGAUACAAGCAGAAUUGUGACCCUGCAAAAUACAAAAAAUUGUGAGAGGGGAGGUGCAGUAGCUUGCAUCAGCUUCAUAAUUACGAGCAGUAAUCAAAGACAGUUACUAAGAAAGGU